AUGAAAAUCCGACUUCACCUCCUUCCGCCCUUCUCCGCCCAGGAGUUCUCCAAAAGCUCCUAUUCACGACCCCUCCACCCCCUCCUUCACCUCACACUCCCCAAUAACCCCCUUCCGACCCGCAAGCCGCUCAAACAUCCCCAGCGUAUGCUCCCAAACCUUCUCCGCCAGUCCCUCCUCCCUCAUCGCACGCAUGCUCUUCCCACCAGCGACUGUCUCCCCAUUCCAAUGGACCAGAUCCGCUCCGCCGCCGACGAAGCCAUUCGAACCAACCAACCGCUACUCUUUGUGGCGCUGCAUUUCCAUCAACUUUCUCCCUCCCACUUCACACUCGUCGAUGGAGGAGCAGUGCAUAGCGGGAUGGCCGACGCGGCUGGUGGGGAGUUACAUCCCAUCCAUCCGUCGCAUUGA